AUGGCUUCGCUGUAUCAGAGGAUCACUGGGCAGAUCAACACCUCCAGGUCUUACCCAGCUCCCGCCGAGGCUAGUCACCUACUCGGUGGCCAGUGCAAUGAUGAGGACAACGGAGGGAAAACUGCACGGUCCCUGGAAGACAACCGAGCCCGGUACCAUUACCAGCACAGAGCUGACUGUGAGGACGAUGAUGAGCUGGUGGGGAGUAACCCUCCUCAGAGAAACUGGAAAGGAAUUGCAAUCGCACUUCUGGUUAUCCUGGUUAUCUGCUCACUGAUUGUCACCUCGGUUAUCCUUCUUACUGAACCUGAGGAUAACAGCCUGGCGUCAAUGGCAAAGGUGCGACUCGAUGAUCUCUUCAGCGAAGAAUUCCAGAUUCAUGACGUGGAGGCCAAGUGGAUUAGUGAUACUGAACUGCUGUAUCGCACCUCGGAUGGCAAUCUGGAGAGACGGAAUAUCGAAACCAUGGAAAAGACCUUUCUGAUGACGGACCGGAAAUUUGAAGAAUUUAAAGUCAGCAGAUAUGAAGUAUCACCAGAUAUGAAGUAUGUGCUACUUGCGUACAACGUAAAAAAGACUCAUCGGCAUUCUUUUACAGCCUACUACACCCUGUGUAAUUUAGAGACUUGGGAGCACCUCACCUUGAAUCCACCUGAAGUUAGGGAUGUGGAACUGCUGUAUGCAGGCUGGGGAGUCAAAGGCCAACAGCUGAUUUUCAUUUUUGAGAACAACAUCUUCUACCAAUUGAAAGUUAGUAGCCGUGCUAUACGUCUGGUAGCGACUGGGAAGGAGGGGGUCAUUUUCAAUGGCCUGAGUGAUUGGCUCUAUGAAGAAGAACUUCUGAAAACCAACAUUGCUCACUGGUGGUCCCCGGAUGGAGCCAGGUUGGCCUAUGCUACAAUUAAUGAUACAAAGGUCCACACAAUGGAAAUCCCGAUGUAUCUUAGCUCCUUGUAUCCCACUGGGAAGACAUAUCCUUAUCCAAAGGCUGGCCAAGAAAAUCCGACAAUCUCACUAUUUGUGGUGAACUUGAAUGGACCAACUCAUACUCGCGAGAUGAUCCCUCCCGAAGACACCAGAAUGAAGGAAUACUAUAUUACCAUGGUGACAUGGGCAGGCAGCACUAAGCUCGCAGUGAACUGGUUGAACCGAGCCCAGAAUGUUUCCAUUCUUACUUUAUGUGAGGCCACGACUGGCAUUUGCACUAAGAAACACGAGGAUGAAAGUGAAAGCUGGCUCUCCAGGCAGAAUGAGGCUCCUUUAUUUUCCAAAGACGGAAAGAAGUUUUUUUUCAUCCGCCCACUCCCACAGGGAGGCAGAGGGAAGUUCCACCACAUUGCCAUGUCAUCUGCUCAGGUUAACAAUAGUAAUGAUAAUUUACAGUCCAUCACCUCUGGUAACUGGGAUGUGACACAGAUUUUGUCAUAUGAUGAAGUGCAUCAAAAGAUUUACUUUCUAAGCACAGAAGACUCCCCUUUGCGCCGACAAUUGUACAGUGCAGAGACCAAUGGAACCUUUAACCGACGCUGCCUGUCAUGUGAUCUAAUCCCGAACUGCACUUACUUCAGUGCGUCGUUCAGCCACAACAUGCGUUACUUCUUGUUGAAUUGUAAAGGUCCAAGAGUCCCAAGGGUCACAGUUCACAGUACCAGUGAUCGUCACAAAGUUUUUGAGUUGGAGCUGAAUGAGAAGGUGCAAAAUGCUACAGAGAGAAUGCAAAUGCCCAAAAUAGAAUUCCAGGAUGUUCAGAUAAAGGAUUAUUCACUGAAAAUGCAAAUUAUGAAGCCAUUAGCAUUCUCAAAUAAGUCCCGGUACCCUUUGUUACUUAUCGUUGGUGAUGGUCCUGGUAGCCAGAUUGUCACGGAGCAAUUCCAAGUAGAUUGGGCGACUGUUCUGGUGAGUUCAUUCGACACCAUUGUGGUAAAGUUCGACGGACGUGGCAGUGGUUUCCAAGGCACUAAGUUGCUGUACGAAAUAAAGAGAAACCUGGGCAUAGUGGAAGUAAAGGAUCAAUUAGAUGCUCUAAAGAGCCUUUUGAAGGAAGAUUACAUUGACCCGAACAGAGUUGGUGUUUUUGGAGAGGCUUAUGGUGGUUAUCUGAGUUUGAUGCUGCUUACCACGGAGAAAGAAUUUGAUAAAAAAAAUCCCCUAUUCAAGUGUGGAAUAGCACUUUCUCCAAUCACAGACUUUAAACUCUAUGCCUCUGCAUUCACUGAGCGCUAUUUUGGUACACUCAGCAGAGCUGACAGAGGGUAUGGGAUGUCGGAAUUAGAAUAUCGAGUAACCCGACUCCAAGAGGAGGAAUUGCUGCUAAUCCAUGGAACUGCAGAUGAAACUGUCCAUUUCCAACAUACAGCAGACCUUAUAACCCAUUUAAUCAGUGCAAAGGCUAACUAUUCAUUGCAGAUAUAUCCCGAUGAAGGCCAUUACAUGGAGAAACCCACAGUCUGGCUGCACCUACACAAAACCAUUAUCAGGUUCUUCGAGAAGUGCUUCAGGUGCCCAAACAAGGACACAGAGACAUCGAAAGUGGGGGACGAAGAGGAUGACUAGAUCGUUUUUGAGCAGCUUGCCAAGCACAAACAUCUCUUUUAUAAAACACAACUGAUUUUGUUUUCCAGAACAGUGUUAUGUUUAGCAUGUUACAAAGACUGAGAGCAGUAACUGCCUGCUUCACUGACAUCACUGCGGUCUCAUCAGAAGAACUUCCAGCAUGAAAUUAACAAUCAGAGUGGUUGACUGUUCCAGUGUAUCUGACGUUCCCACCCCUCCCCACCCCUCUGCCUCUUUCCCCCCAACCCCUCCCUCUCCAACCCAUUUUUCUGCCCCUUCCUGGAAAACUAAAGUGUCAACCUUUGUAAUUUCUCACAUGCCAGGGGGGAGCAUGAAAGAAUACACUUAAUGGAAGAUGGAGGAGAGCGCCGCCAGGUUCAGAGGUCGAGUAAAUCAAGAGGGCCCAACUUGCUCUGCAAACGCCUUGUCAGGGUCACUCUAGAUGUUGAGAAGAGCAGCAAAACCACCCCCUUUCCCCCCAACCCCAGUAUAUCAGCGAAUGUUUCAUGGCGUGAGGUGGAAACCUAACUGCACAAGCAGCAGUUUCAGAGCACAACCUGUAGGACAAGAAAAUCCUUUCACUUGAAGUGGAGCCUCCAUUAUUUGUAUUUCAAUUAUCCUCCUGCACCCAUCCCACACCUCCUCCCUAUUUGGAUUUUCAUGGAACAAAUCUGCAGGUGGGAUAUAGCCUCCUCACUGUAUAUGCCCCUCCUCCCUGAUUAUGUCAACCACAUACCCCAAGAAUGAUUAAAAUUCACUAUAUUUUGUAUAUAUAGCUCUCGCCUCCAUUCUCACCUCUAAGGUAUUGUCAGGACCUUGGUGAUUUGCAAUUACCUCUGUCCAUAAGCGGUUCCAUUGCUAUCAUGGCAGAUGUUUAAGGUUUUGCUUGUAAUUCCGCAGUUUGAAGCCAUUUGGUUUUACUCAACGUGGGGCUGCAUUGUCCAAAUAAACUCAGCUGCCAUUC